AUGAUGUCAGAACCCAAAAUCUCAACCAACAAGAGUUCACAACAAGAAAAUCGCAUUAUGGUGGAUGCACUAUCACUGAAUUAUGAUAGUGCUCUACCAAAUGUUAGGACAACUUGGGCAACCACUGAUUUUCAUCUUCCAUCAUUACAAGCUCCGAAGCCGAAAUUCAUGAGCCUUAGUCUUCCAAAUUCAGCCAACUCCUCACCUGUCACUUCUACUUUGAAGAAGAAGAAAUCAAAAGGUGGGAGUACAGAAUCACCAUGUCAAGCCAGUAACUUGAUAUUCAAGGAUCGGCAUGUGAUUCAAGAAAUCCACUUAAGGAGAAGGAGCAAGUCAUAUGGUGAAGCAAGGGCAAGUGCACCCUUUGAUGAAUUUGAUCUCUGCUUGGCCAAACCAAAUGCUAUGGAACAUAACAAGCAUGAUUACAGCUUCCCGAAAAUUGAAGCUAUUGAAGAAGGUCCUAUGAGUGGCAAGAACCCGGAAACACCUGCAGAAGAAGAAAAGUUUAAAUGCUGUAUGUAUCUUCCAGGCUUUGGGAAAGCAAAGCCAGUUAAAUCAACAAGAAAGGAAGGAUCAGAAAUGGAAGAUGCAAUAUCCAGUAGAGUUUCUUUGGAGAAGUUUGAAUGUGGUUCUUGGGCUUCUUCUACAUUACUCCAUGAGAUUGAAGGAGACACAACAAAUUCCUACUAUGAUCUGCCAAUGGAAUUGAUCAAAUGCAGUGUUAGUGAUGUACAUGCACCUGUUACAUCAGCCUUUGUCUUUGAGAAGGAGCUUAAAGGGGUUCUCAAGAAUGGUUCCUCUAGAGGAAGUGCUAGAAAAUCGGAUGCAGCGCCUCACCAUGUUCGGUUUUCUAUAUCGUCUACUACACCCCACCCUGCCUCUCCAGCAUCUUGCAAUGCUGCUCAUUUAAGAAAAGCCAGUGAAGAUUUUAAAGCCUUCUUAGAAGCACAGAGUACUUGA